AUGGCCACGCUGGGCUCGCCCUCCUCCCCGUCCUCUCCUUCGCGAACCAUGCGCCGCCGCGGCUGGGCUAGGAAAGUCGAGCGAUACUGCUGCACCGCCCUCACCUAUUUCCCGCUGCUCUUCGUCUACGGCCUGACCUCGUGGGCCGUCUGGGUCGAGGCAGGCAUCGGCUUCGUCCCUUCCAAGAAUGUCUGGACUGGCAAGUUCUCGUCCGCCCUCGGCAUCUUCUUCUACCUCAUGCUCAACUGGAGCUACACAACCGCCGUCUUCACCGAUCCCGGGUCGCCGCUCCAUGUCAACAAUGGCUACAGCCACUUGCCAACCCAAGAAGGAGGCGGAAUCCAAUACACUUCCUUCACCGUCAAGGCCUCGACAGGCGAACUGAGGUUCUGCAACAAGUGCCAGUCCAAGAAGCCUGAUCGCUCCCAUCAUUGCUCCUCUUGCAAGCGCUGCGUUCUGAAAAUGGACCACCAUUGCCCAUGGUUGGCCACGUGCGUGGGCCUGCGCAACUACAAGCCCUUUGUCCUCUUUCUCGUCUACCUCACCUUCUUCUGUUGGACAUGUUUUGCAGCUUCCUCGACAUGGGUCUGGAGCGAGAUCCUCAGCGACGGACAAUACACCGAGUCUUUUAUGCCCGUCAACUACGUCCUGCUCGCAGUGCUUUCUGGAAUCAUUGGCCUUGUCAUCACAGGCUUCACCGCAUGGCAUCUGUGGCUCACCGUCAAGGGACAGACCACGAUUGAGAGUUUGGAGAAGACGCGCUACAUGUCGCCGCUGAGGAAUAGCAUGAAGCAGAGUCUAAACGACCGCACCUAUCUCGAUGCCCAGGCGAAUGGGCGUCUGAGCAUCAGCGACCAAAUACGCGACAUCCACGCCAACGUUCUACCAGGCGUCACCAGACCCGAAGAAGGCGAAGUUCCCUCCAGAAGCACAUCUCGCUCGCCACGGCCUGAUGAAGCCCCCAGGAGCAACGGCUAUGCACACCCCAAUCAGCAAUCCUACGAAUGGCGUGAACGCCAACUAAACCAAAGCCGCUACGAUUCCUACCUCGACGAGCGCGACAACGAACAACUUCCCAACGCGUUCGACCUCGGCUGGAAACGCAACCUCAUGCACGUCUUCGGCCCAUCACCCCUCUGCUGGCUCGUCCCCAUCAUCAACACCACAGGCGACGGCUGGUCCUGGGAGCCAAGCUCGAAAUGGCUAGCAGCGCGCGAACGCAUAAAGCGUGAGCGUGAACACGAAGAGCGUAUCCAAAAGCAGCGUGAGCGUGCUGCAGGCUGGGGCGUCGAUUCUCCUACUGAACCUGAGUUUAGGCGUCCGAUGCGUGGACCAGGUGGUUGGCAUCCCGGCCAGUAUAGCCAACCUGCCCCACGGCAGUUCCCUCGACCCGACUGGCAGCCAUCCUCCCUCCGACACAGCGAACAGGCCCAGUAUCUCAGCACCUCCAAUGGCGUCCUGAGGCCAGGCGAAGGACGCAGAAGCCCGAAUAAAGCGGAUCAAAUCCUCGGAAGGGAACGGGGCAUGUACGCCGACGGCGAUGUGCAGCUCCAAACUAUUGAUCGCAAGAAAUUCGACCAGUAUAAUUAUGUUUCCGAAGACGAGGAGGACGACUACGAAGUCUCAAGCGACGAACAAGCAGCAGAUGCAAAGAAGGCUACGCAGCCGAAGAUCGUUCCUGUGCCAACGCAGAACUGGAACGAUGUACCAGAGGGCUUUUUACGUCCGGCGCCCAAGGGCAAGAAGAGCGCGAGUCGGGAGCGAAUGGCAUCAUCGAAGAAGAACGCGAACUGGGAAGGAGAUUGGUGA